AUGGUCCAAAUAGGCUGCCAUGAGCCUGAUUUUGGCGACUUUGUGAAGAAUGAAGAAGAGGAACUCGACCUCGAGGAGCUUGUUGAGCCAUGGUACAGAUACAAAACAGAGGGCGAAGAAAAUUUCCUCUAUCCUAUUUUCCUCGGAGAGAUGCUCAACGGAAGGUAUUUGGUUGAGCAUAAACUUGGCUUUGGGGGUGGAUCGACUGUCUGGAUGGCCUUUGACAUUCAAGACAAGAAGAAUGUUGCCCUCAAAGUCAUGCGUCCUGGGGAGUGGGGAGUGAACGAAAUUCGGAUUCAGGACGAAAUCAAGAAAAUCCAAGACCCUUCUCAUCUUGUGAUAUACAUAGCGACUUUCGUUCUUCCCCGCGACCAUAGGGUCUUGGUGUUCCCUUUAAUGGGCCCAUGCAUUGAUCCCAUUGACCUGAAAACGAUCCCUAUGGCCACUCGCAUGUCUGCCGCUCAUCAGUUACUCAAAACUCUGGUAAAUUUACAUGAGGCUGGGAUUAUACACCGCGAUCUAAACGAGAGGAAUUGUAUGUGGGGAAUGGCUUUUCUUGAUGGUUUUAGCAGAAGUGCUAAAUAUAAAGCACUUGGUCGGCCAUUAAAGCAAAAGAUACCGUCUAUCGUCGAUCUCUGGAAACGGGGCGAGCUUGUGAGCCCUAUAAAGGUCCCAUGGGAACUAUGCACUGAGGAAUUCUAUCUCGGCGACUUUGGGCUAUCAAAAAGAAUCAGCGAUCCAAUCACUCCACACGGCUACCCACCUAUACAAUAUUGUUCCCCUGACCGGCUUCAUAAUCAAGAACCAAGUUUCGCCUGCGAUAUAUGGAGCUAUAUGGUUGUUUUCUCCAUGCUCUACCUUACUUUUGGGCCAUUCUCUACGUUUCAUGAAGGGGGGCCUGUGACUGGGUUGGUCGAAUCUCUAGGCCCUUUGCCGGAGGAGUGGGAAGGCCUCUAUAUCUACCAGGGCAGUGGGCUAGACUCCUGGUACGACCAGUCUCGAAAUCCCAACCCUGAGUACUCCCUUGCGUCAAGAAUUGCACGUUUCCGUCCCGACGUCGAUCCAAUCGAGCGGCAGCAUGUGGAAUCUAUCAUGUUAAAGGUCUUUACUUUUCACCCCGAGAAACGACCGAGUGCAAAGGAGCUCCUUUGCGACCCUUCAUUCAGAGCCCUUAUGGACAGAUAUGGGUGCUGA